UCAUGUUUGAAAUUAAGAAGAUUUGCUGCAUUGGUGCUGGUUAUGUUGGUGGGCCAACCUGUAGUGUUAUUGCACAGAUGUGUCCCAAUAUCAAAGUCACUGUCGUGGAUGUCAAUGAGGCCCGAAUCAAUGCCUGGAAUUCAGACAUGCUCCCAAUCUACGAGCCAGGGUUAAAGGAAGUGGUAGAAUCCUGCCGAGGAAGAAACCUCUUUUUUUCCACCAGUAUUGAUGAUGCCAUUAGAGAAGCUGACCUUGUAUUUAUUUCUGUUAACACUCCAACAAAGACUUAUGGGAUGGGAAAAGGCCGAGCAGCUGAUCUGAAAUACAUUGAAGCUUGUGCUAGACGAAUUGUGCAAAAUUCAAAUGGCUAUAAAAUCGUCACUGAGAAAAGCACAGUUCCAGUACGUGCUGCAGAGAGCAUUCGUCGAAUAUUUGAUGCCAAUACUAAGCCUAACUUGGAUUUGCAGGUGCUGUCUAACCCAGAGUUCCUUGCAGAAGGAACAGCCAUCAAGGACCUGAAGAACCCAGACAGAGUGCUGAUUGGUGGAGAUGAUUCUCCAGAGGGACAGAAAGCUGUCCGUGCUCUGUGUGCGGUUUAUGAGCACUGGGUGCCCAAAGAAAAAAUCCUCACAACCAAUACCUGGUCAUCAGAACUUUCUAAACUGGCAGCUAAUGCUUUCCUUGCCCAAAGAAUCAGCAGCAUUAACUCAAUCAGUGCUUUGUGUGAAGCUACAGGAGCAGAUGUUGAAGAAGUAGCAAGAGCUAUUGGAACAGACCAAAGAAUUGGAAAUAAGUUUCUCAAAGCCAGUGUUGGGUUUGGAGGUAGCUGUUUUCAGAAGGAUGUGUUGAAUUUAGUGUACCUCUGUGAGGCACUGAACUUACCUGAAGUAGCCCGCUACUGGCAACAGGUAAUAGACAUGAAUGAUUAUCAGAGAAGAAGAUUUGCUUCCCGCAUCAUUGACAGCUUGUUCAAUACUGUCACUGAUAAGAAGAUUGCUAUUUUAGGGUUUGCAUUCAAAAAGGAUACUGGGGACACAAGAGAGUCAUCCAGUAUUUACAUUAGCAAGUAUUUAAUGGAUGAAGGAGCAAAGCUCCAUAUCUAUGAUCCAAAAGUACCUAAGGAACAAAUAAUCUUGGAUCUCUCGCAUCCAGGUGUCUCAGAAGAUAACCAAGUGUCUCGGUUGGUCACUAUCAGCAAAGAUCCCUAUGAAGCCUGUGAUGGAGCUCAUGCCCUUGUAAUUUGCACUGAAUGGGACAUGUUUAAGGAACUAGACUAUGAACGUAUUCAUAAGAAAAUGCUGAAGCCUGCAUUUAUAUUUGAUGGUAGGAGAGUUCUAGAUGAUCUUCACAAUGAGCUACAAGUCAUUGGCUUCCAGAUUGAAACAAUUGGGAAGAAGGUGUCAGCCAAAAGAAUUCCUUUUGCUUCUUCAUGUGAAAUUCCUAAGUUCAGCCUGCAGGACCCACCUGUCAAAAAGCCUAGAGUAUAAUGUUUAAUAGGUAUUGAAGGAAUUCUGUGGACCUUCUUAGUGAUAAUAACUGUAAACCUAUGCUUUUUUUAAGGAAAGAUAUUUUUCAUAAACUAAACCAGUUUUACACUAGAAAUGGUACCUGGUACAUGUGAAUUCAGUCUAUUUUCAAAUAUCUAUUUUUAUAGCAAUUUUUUUUGGAUUACUGAAGAUGGUACA